AUGCAUGCAGACAGGAACAACGACUUCCUGGCACAUUUCAAAAGUCUGGCAGUCCCGGCUGAACGACCGGUAGAAUGGCAGGACGUCACAGCUACUUCUUUCCUGAUCGGGUAUUUAAAGGGGGAGGAAAAGGAACGCCACAUGUAUGAUGUGAUGGUCACAACGUUGGAUAGCUUUAAAAAUUUGGACGAGCUGGGACGAGCGCAAUGUCUGCAUCCGUUCUUUUCGGCGGUCGAUUAUGUAACUGAUCAGCGUUGUUUCUCACUCCUGAAGGGGAUAUUGUGGGUUCCGUGGCUUCACAUCCCAGCAUCGCUCCACGACAAGUAUACGACAUUCCUCGUGGAAGUCGCACUUCGACGAAUGAAUUUGAUGGAACUUGUCGUUCAAGCCUGUGUCCGCAAUUUUCGGCCAUAUGACCCGGAAGACCCAGUGUCCGACUUGAAUCGUCAGUACUUGUUGGCGCACUCAACACUUGUCUCUCUCAAUAGAUGUACUCAUACGGCCGAAAUGGUAAUUCUGAAGUCUCUACAGAGGCGACCUCAUCAUUCGCUGGACUGUCCGGUCAUCCUCAGCCAUUUGAGGAAUCAGAUCACCGUUGGCGAAUAUCUUUUUGCGAUCCGUGGGGCUGUUUGGGCUACGAUCACGGACCAGUUGAUCGAAAUGGAUGCUCUCGUCACCAAGUGUUAUAUUGAUCCGGAAUAUGGCGCCAUUGAUGCCAGAAACUUUUUCAUUUACUCUGACGAACUCGUGAUGGAUACGACUUUGCCAGAAAAAGUACUGGACCUGGUGACGAAGUUAGAUGCCUGUAUGGUCACGGUCUUUGAAUAUAUUGCGGUCGCGAUGAACAAAGAUUUGCCCAACAAUCCUACAUGGUUGCACCUUGGUCCCGAAAUGGAAGUCCUCGAUCUGCUUGCUGAUUCUUUUAGUUUGUGUUUGCUGAAAAGCCGUAAUACCCACAUGGUUGCUUUCAUUUGGCUUUACGUCUGCGUGCUUUCUGAGCCGCGGACCAUUGAUUUGUGGUUGAACAACCUGUGGCAAUUUACGGUGGAUACAUCACGAACUUCCGCGGAUCAAGGAAGGUGUCAAUCAUGUGUUGGAUACUUGGGCGCGAUCGCCGCACGGGCGACCUUUAUGAGCACAGGCAUGGCUUUGGAAUGGUUGGGAAAGUUGAAGGAUUGGUUAAUGGAAUAUGUGGAAGCCCAGGCGAAGCUGUCCUCACCGGUCCUGGUCAACCACGGUCACUAUUACGCGAUUACCGAGGCAUUCAUGCUGAUCUUUUGCUACCAUUAUGUAGAUCUCAUGCAGGAUGCGGAAUAUUGGGAAACAAUCAAUGGUUGGAAAAUCCGAUUAUUUAUCUAUUGCCCGCUGGAGCCGUUGAAAUUUAUCACGCGCCCCGUCGCGGAAACGUUUCACAUUAUCGCAAGAAACCUCAACAUCAUCUAUAACCCUGACGGCUAUGAAUUUGAUGCUACGGCUGGUACGAUGCUGACAUACACCUCGUUCUUUCCUCUAGGCCGCUUCCAUUUACCUCGGUCUUUCGAGUUCUUCAAAAAUUAUUUACGGGUGUUCUCACCACGUGGUGACGAGCGUACUAUGUUCGAUUCAACUUAUAAGAAGCCCAAAACCGAGCCACAGGACGAAGUUACGCAAGACGAAUGUACGGUUGAGGAGGAGCCGGACUCAGAAGUUAUCGAGGCUCCGCUUGACUACGAAUGGACGACCCUGGAGGAAGUAGACGCACGGGCGCGAACCUCGAGUGAAACUCCAAGCUCAGAACGCAUAGAAAGUGUCUUCAGUGAU